UUUGUUUUUUUGUAGCAGGCAGUUUUAGCUCUGUCUAAAUCUGACUUUUAUAUAUUUUUUUUGUUUUAGCUUAGAUUUGCCAGCACGCGAUAUUUAAAGGCACAUUACAGCUAUGGGUACAGAACGGGUUCAGUUGAAGAAUCUGCAAUCAUUUAUGGAACUGACGGCGGAAGAUCAGGAGCGCUGCAAUGAAAUGUUUAAGAACGAGCCCCUCGAGACCAAGCACAUCAUGAACAAAUAUGUCAAGCGCACUUCACAGAUUCAAAAACGCGCCCGUCCCGAUCCAGUGGACAACGAAUGCUUUCUCUGCUACGACAUCUAUCCUCUGAACUUCAAGUACAGCACCGUCCUCUGCUGCCUGUGUGGAGUGAUGCAUCAGUUCUACCAUGUGCUGUACAUGAAUGUGAUCGAGGACACCAAAAUGGAGCACUUGAGCCAGUUCAUGUGUGACCUGCUGGCCAAUCUGAUAUCUGCGGAGAUACCACAGUUGACUAGUUUCGCGCUCAAGUUUGUUCUGUGCCGCGACAAUCCAAUCAACAAAAGUGUACUCAAGCUUUUCUCCGAAUCGGAGAGCACGUCUAAACUAUAUACCAAGUAUCCGUUUAUACGCGAGACAAAUGUGCUCCGGCAGUCACAGAUUCACAAUCCGUACGUGCAACUGGCCUGGCUCGAGAUUAUGCAGGGCAACAUUCAGCAGUCCAACGUAACCGAGAUUUUUCAAAAGCAUCGUGACAUGGCCAACACCAAGGAGGAUCCCGUGCUGAAACUAUUCGUCGAAGACUUCCACAACCUGGCCACGGAUCUGCUUAAGUCGCGGUUUCUGGUUAACCUGCGCCUCUGCACCAUGGAGCGCAUCGAUCUGUUCGAGCAGGUUAUUCGUGCCCAUCUGAAGAUCUACAAAGAUCGUGCAACUACCCGUUUAUUUCUGUUCGAGUUAUUGAGAGCUCUGUUGCACAUCUACGAUCUCUGAGCAUUGGCAUUCAUUCGGCUAUCGAUUCAAAU